AUGUCUGACUUAUUUAGCGGGAUCCAAGCAGCUAUGGUUAUCAAUCGAGUAGAGAAUAGUGAGCAGUCACCUGGAGAUUGGAACAGCGACUGUGAUGGAUCCGGUGGUUCAACAGGUUUGACUGGCACCCCGUGCUUCACGUCCAGGUUUUCUUUGCUAAAAGUUGGAUCGGUCAUAGGCCAGUUUAGUGAUUUUAAGCGGCAGUUAGUCAGGGAAACCGGUUUUGAUGGAAUGUUAGAGCUUAAAUCAUGGCAGAAGAUCAGCCUUAAGUACAGCGCGUACCUAAUGGACAGAGUUGAUGUAGAUUCCAGCAUAAUAAAUCUAGAGGGCCAAGGUGUUCUUGAAUUAUGUGACCAGCACCUGAACUAUGUCUUUGGCAUCCCAUGUGGAAAUUCAGUCAUACAAGGUGAAGGCAUAGAGCCGUCUGAAGCAUGUAUUGAGUACACGCGUGUGGCUGCAUCAUUUAGCGAGAGAGGCACGCACAGUCUUAAAGCAGCUGAGGCGUACUUAAUUCGAGACAUAACAGAAUCAUCCCCUCAAAUAGAGCAGGACUGUUUCAAAAUUGCUUUUGUUAUUUUUGUAGUCGGUCAUGUGCUUGCCCCCACUGCUAAGCACGAUUACAUAUCCAUAGACUUCUGGGCUGCACUGAGUGAUAUCAGCAAGAUAAAGGAUUGGAAUUGGGGAGGAUAUGUACUCAAGAAUCUGUUCCAAGCUGUUAAGAAGUUCAAUGCAGAUGUGUCCAAGAGAAACCCAACCGUCCACAUAGUUGGUUGUCAUCUGUUCCUGCAGCUUUUCGUACUAGACAGCCUUGAUCUCGGUGUUCUAAACAUGCUGCGAGAUGUGACGCCGCGGAUAGGUCUGUACGAAUAUGAUUUGAUGAAGAAGAUGGUGGACAAAAUUACAGUUAAUGUUGGCGCCGGUGAAGUUUCCUACCACGGUGCAAUGGUACGGACCGAGCUGUCAGUGAGCAAUCUUAUUGGCUUCCCUUCUAAGGAAACUUUCACAGCGAAAGCAGCAAAGCCGGCGCCCAGAAGGGCAAAUGCCACAUGCGCGCCGAUGUUGCGAAGUAGUUAUACCAAAACCGGGCCGCAGGAGUUUUCAAAUUACAUACGAACACGGUACCCAAGCAUUUCAGCGGAGAUGCUUGGUAUACUUCUGCGGGAGCAGAACGCCCGUGGCCUAGCAAGCAUAUCAGAAAUGCGUCAAGUGUUCCAGUCCAAUAUGUUUACUUUCACAGACAAGCUUAUGGCAUGCUUAGCAGAUAGUUGCACUUGUUGCAAGGCACAUGGGAACAAAAAGUGCAUCUUGGAAAAGGACGGCACAAACACUUGUGAUGCACCGCCUCAUGUACCAACUCACCAAACUCAAUUCAGCACCCCAUUAGUCAGCAAGAUAGGUCCUCGACUACCAGCACCAGGCAACCCUGCAGGUUGCCUAUCUGCCAAUAGUUCCGCGGCUAGGAAAAGGGAUGGAAGUUUAUCAUCAAGCGUUCAGUCGGGCACAGCAAAGAAAACAUGUUCACGUGAGGCGCAGAACGUCCUCGCCGCAACACCAACAUAUGGGCAAGAACCACUCAACCAAAUUGCCAUAUCCCAGGAUGCAAGCCUCAAUGAAAUUGCAAGCAAGAUCGUUGCAUUUUAUGACGACCUUACAGCCAUCCUGGUUACUUACUAUGCUGAGAUGUGGCCAGCCCCCGGGUUCAUAUUGUUUGGAUCAACCACCGAUGGAGCACAUGUGAAGAUCGAUCUACCUCAAUGCAAUUUUGGAAGAGAUCCGUGGGUAGCUGGAUCAGUCCCAGUACCACCAAAUCCAACUGUACUCAGGGCCAUAAGAGACUGGAUGACUGCAGCCUCGAUGCUAAACCUUGAGAGGAAAUGGAUCAUGCAUCCUAAGCCAAAACUCAUAGCAUUAGAGGGGGUUGAAAUCCAACGUCAACUUGCAUCUAACGAUGCAAUGACCCAUGAGAUGGCUACAGCUAUUUUCCGCGGGCUUGGCCAGAUUGACUCGUUUUUCUCGAAGGACACUCCUGGACUGAUAUGGAGGAAAUUCCUCGAGCCUGACUUUGCUACAACUGUUUUGGCGAAUGCCGACCCAUUGACUGUACACUCAAUUAGGGCUAGCUUCCAAGAAGGAACAACAUCCUGCAAUCCAGCUUCGUGCCGAAUGUGGUACAUCCCGACGAUACUACCUGAUUGUUGGACUGUAUAUGCAUAUGAUAUGCUGCGGAAAAGAAUCAUCGUAUUCGACCCAACAGUUGGGCCAUUUGGGUAUAGCAAUCGGCGAGUCAGCAUGCAUGAAUUUGUUAGCAACAAACUGCAUGCCGCGUUGUUCACAUGCCUCCAGAAUUUUUUCAGCUCUUGGCAUUGUGAAUCAAGCCACUGGGGGCGCACUUUUCGGAUCAUAAUGAGGGAAAACAUUGAGAAAGAGCAGACCGGGCUGUGCGCCACCUUUUUUGCAUGGAAUUAUGACGGCGACAAACUGUAG